AUGAAUAUUUAUGUAUCCCUUUUUUUAAUUAUAUUUUCAACAAUCAAUAAUGCCUAUUCGGUUGGGCUUAAGGGUGGAACUACUAUAAAUCAUCCAAUAAAUAUAUCACAUACAGAGAAGCAAUAUAAAUCCCUAUCACAUGUUGACGCACUCUGCGGUGAUUCCAAAAACUUUGUUUGUGAAACGAAAUAUAUUUGUAAAAAUGGAAGCAAAGGAGAAUAUUGCUCUGAAGGUGGAAGUGGAAAUGGUGCAGAAAAUGGAAAUGGGAAUGGUGUAGAAAAUGGAAAUGGUGUAGAAAAUGGAAAUGGUGCAGAAAAUGGAAAUGGUGCAGAAAAUGGAAAUGGGAAUGGUGUAGAAAAUGGAAAUGGAAAUGGUGCAGAAAAUGGAAAUGGAAAUGGUGCAGAAAAUGGAAAUGGGAAUGGUGUAGAAAAUGGAAAUGGUAAUGGAAACCAUGAAAGAAAAUCUCCAAGGGAAAUUUUAGAAGAAUAUAAAAAAAGAAAGCAAGGUAUAAUUGCAGGAUAUUAUGGAUCAUGGAAUAGCCAAGGAGCUAGCGGGAAACAAAUGACUCAUUCCAACCCACACGUAUCUAUAAUUUAUAUAGCUUUCGCCCGUAUAAAUAUGAACUAUGAUGCUUCUAAACCAUAUAAUGGACUUCAAAAAUUUUUACAAAAAAAGCAUGGACUAGAAUUUGAAACAUAUGGUAUGAUGGCUAAUGAAAUUAAACGUAUAAGAAAAGCCCGCCCAGAUGUAAUUAUAAUUUUAUCAUUAGGAGGAGAAACAUACAUGAUAGAUAUAACAAAAGAAAUUGAUUAUAUUCCUCAAAUAGUAAACAUGGUUAACAAUUUUGAUUUAGAUGGUGUAGAUAUUGAUUGGGAACCAAAUGGAAGUUUUAACAAUUUAAAUGAACUCGCCUUUUCAAAUUAUUACAUUAAAUUGAUUGAUUUAAUAAGAAGCAACAUUUCUAAAGAUAAGCUAAUUUCCAUAUCUGGAUCAUCAAAUGCAGCAUUAUCAUGUGUAUCAGUAUGGGAGACAUUUUGUAAAGAUGAAGAAACGCCAUAUAAUACACAGUAUUUAUCUGAACAAAUGAUCGUAAACCCUGAAUUAUACAAAGCAUCAACCAUGUUAUCUACAGGAACAUUUGUUAAUGUUUUUAAUACAGCAAAGGAUAAAAUUGAUCUUGUUUUUAUUCAAACAUAUAAUUUAGAAACAUCAAACCCAGAUAUCAUGCUUGAUAUGUAUUUAUCUCAUUUGUAUUUUGGAAAAAAAUAUGAUAUAACUGUUUUCUUAGGUUUUUCAAUAGAACAAAAUAGAGGUGGAUUUAGUCCAGAUAGCAAAAACUUAGUAGAAUUAGUAUCGAAAGCUAUACAUGACAAUAAUCACGAAUUCAACAGAGCCGAUGGUGUAGGAAUUUGGCAUUUAUUUAUGAAAGAACAAAUGCCUAAUGGAGCAUAUGAUCUAGAUGGUUUUAUUGAUAAUACAUGGACCCAUUUAAAUCCAGGAAUAAAAUCCCCAACAGAUAUAGUUUCAAUCCCUAACCCUGACGAUUGUAGUACUAUAGAAGAAUAUGUACAAGGAGUCGUUAUCCCAACUGUAGGAACAUAUGCUAAACACAAUGAUGCUAUAUGGGUAACAAGGUCCUAUUCAACACGGGCACCUGGUAUCGACAGAUAUGAAUGGAACUUAGUAAAAGUAUGUUAUGAAAAAGCAUGUAAUAAUGAAGCUGCACAUUAUUAUAACGUUGACUACCCAACAGGAACAAAGAUCAUUUGGAAAGGAGAAGUAUUCUCUAUUAAACAAUGGCAUGGAGGUCCACCGGAAGGCCCUUAUCUUGAAUCAUAUGAAAAAUUAGACGAAUACAGCUGCCCAGGAUUAGCAGAAUGGAAUAUAAAACACCCACAUAAACCAAUUGAAGUUGAAGCUCCAUAUGAGCAAGAACUUGAUGGAUAA